UUAAUAUCUUAUACUCCCUCAUAGAGCGAAGCAACGUCCUAUACCCUGCUUUCAUAUGGCUUUUCGCAGCCAUAUCUCUGUUCAUAUUCACUGGUCCAUUUUCAUUGUGUGUCUCAUGGCCGGUUUUCUACCAUCGCCCACUGAAGACGAAUGCCAAAGAUGUGCCGAACUCGGCAUUCGAAAUGUCUUGGGCGAGGAACUAUUGAAUGAAUCCUCGAAUCUUAUAGCGCAACGGGUGUUCUUUGACUCUCAAAACUCAAUUGAUCCCUCAUCUUGUCCGAGUUGUUGGGCCUCGUGCCGACUUCAUCGGAGUAUCCAACCCGCAAGAAUAUUCAAUGAAGACCCCGCCUGGGCGGAUCCGAAUUCCUUAUUACGCAACUCGCACUGGACUUGUAUGCUGAGUUCGCAAGAAGUCGGCCGACUUGAUUGCAAACCUGGCUCCCGACCUAUGCUUCAAGACACAUUUGGAAAAGGGCUUGCUGAAGAUGCUUCGGGGACUGUCCGAAUUGUCCAGAAAACCCCCAACUACGCGGUAGUCUUGGCGUGGUUGGAAAACUGCCAUAAGGAGCAUCUUUCAUGUCAGAGAAAAUAUUCUCCGUGUCUGAAAAACAUUUUUCUUAUUGAUGUAGAGGAGGAGGCCUUAGUAUGUUACCCGAGUGAUGCCGGAAAAUUGAUUCAUUAUUUAGCUCUGAGUUAUGUAUGGGGGAGCUUUGAAGCUAAUUACCAGGUUACUGGACCCGGUCCCAUAGCUAUUGAAAGGCUUCCACAAACAGUCCAAGACAGUAUAAUUGUUACUAAAGACCUGCGCCAGAGAUACUUAUGGGUUGAUCAAGUUUGCAUCAACCAAGACAAAAAGAUCAAGAAGAAUGAGCAACUGGGUUAUAUGGCUUCUAUAUAUGGUGGAGCUUGGGCAACAAUCGUUGCUGCGGACAGCAACGAUAGCAACAGUGGGCUGUCCAGGGUCCGCCCGGAAUCACAACGAAGUCAUCAGCUCAGAAUCGAGUUCGGGAAUGGAAACAUCAUGCUCCAGAAAUUACCCAGUUUUGAACAGCAAAUGGCAGUGUCGCCGUGGAUACAACGUGGUUGGACUUAUCAGGAAGCUUUGCUAUCUCAAAGACUUGUGUUAUUUACCAAACAUCAGGUCUACUACAGCUGCAACUCCAUGCUUUGCUGCGAGGCCCUUGAUGAUGAGAAAACUUUCGGUGGGAGCACGAAGCCUUUGUCAUAUGACAUGAACGACGAGGUUAAGAAUCCUCCGAAGAUCGACCUCCAUUUCCCAACCAAGAAGGAACUUCGAAAUAAUAAGCUGUUUGAAUAUGAGCGUUUAGUAAAUCUCUACUGCAAGCGUCAGCUGACACACUCCCAAGACAUCUUGGUAGCGUUUUCGGCAUUGCUACAGCGCCUUGAGCAGCUUGCAUUUCCAACCGGUUUCUGUCAUGGUUUACCGAAAGACAAUUUCCCUCAGUCUCUUUUAUGGAGACAGGGAAGAAACGCCUCUGAUCCUGACGCAUGCCCUGUGUGUUUCGGCAAACCUGAUGCCCCAGCUCGGCGAAAGUGUGAAACAACGUUUCCUAGUUGGAGCUGGAUAGGGUGGCAUUUGAAAUCUGAGGUGCACUUCCCCCAUCCGGUUGCGGAGGUGGAGGACGAACCAAGAGAGAUGGUCGAUUUGAAACCGCCGCUCAAGAUCGAGACGGUAAAAGGGCAGAUAUUGUUCGAUAAUCUGCAAAAUGCCCACAGAAUGUGGCAACCCCGCAAGAGGUACCAUAUUCACCGCAAACCUUCACCCAGAAGGUUAGCUAUUAGAAGCUUCCGUGCGCCCAAGGCCAAAUGUCUGAUCGGUGACUGCACGUUUCACCACGAGAUGAAAGAGGGUACUAAGUUAAAGGUCAGGGGAAUAGUUCUGGAACUGCCGUGCCGAACUUCUGUUAGCUGGGUCCAGUGCUGGAUUUGUCAACAAGGCUAUACUAAAUUCACGCCUGAGUUCGACUGGCGUAUAUUAGACAACUCUACCAAACCCAUUUACGAAUCGGAAUGGUAUGUGGAUGAGUGCUGUGAUAAAUUUGGAGACAACGGUGAGGAACCAAGAAAGGACAGGUUUUUGCUUCUGGAAUGCCAUCGCACAAAAGAGCAUACGUUACAGCUAUAGCAGAGCGUAGUUUGCAGCCUCUUAAUAUUACAUUGGGAGGACGGCAAUCUGGUACGGGGCGGCAUAUUGAUAAUUAAGAUAAGGGCUGAAGAUUGGCAAGGUUUCUGUACGAAUUCGGGACUACGAG